AUGGCAUCUGGCAGCAAGAUCAAAGUGAAGAAUCCGGUGGUGGAGCUCGAUGGAGAUGAGAUGACGAGGAUCAUCUGGAAGGAUAUCAAGGAUAAAUUCAUUCAUCCGUAUUUGGAUAUUGACCUGAAGUAUUACGAUUUGGGACUGGAGUAUAGGGACCAGACCAAUGAUCAGGUCACUAUUGAUUCGGCCGAGGCGAUCAAGAAGUAUAGCGUUGGUGUGAAGUGUGCGACGAUCACCCCGGAUGAGGCAAGAGUGAAGGAGUUUAACUUGAAACAGAUGUGGCUCUCUCCAAACGGCACGAUCAGAAAUGCUCUCGGCGGAACCGUCUUCAGAGAACCCAUCGUCAUCCCACGUAUCCCUCGUCUCGUACCUGGAUGGAAGAAGCCCAUCAUCAUCGGUCGACACGCAUUCGGAGACCAGUACCGCGCAAAGGAUCUAGUGGUACCAGGCAAUGGAAAGCUCUCCAUGGUAUUCACACCUGAGGGUGGCUCACCUCAAGAGAUUGAGGUCUACAACUUCAAGAACGGAGGAGGUGUUGCGCAGACACAGUAUAACACCGAUGAUAGCAUUACUGGAUUCGCGCAUGCAUCUUUCAAAUUGGCGUUGAGCAAGAGUUUACCACUUUAUAUGAGUACCAAGAACACCAUUCUCAAGAAAUACGAUGGAAGGUUCAAGGACAUCUUCGAGGAGAUCUUCCAGAAACAUUACAAGAAGGAAUUCGACGAGAAGAAGAUCUGGUAUGAACACAGAUUGAUCGACGAUAUGGUCGCUCAAAUGAUGAAGAGCUCAGGAGGUUACAUCAUGGCUUUGAAAAACUACGACGGCGACGUCCAAUCCGACAUCGUCGCCCAAGGCUUCGGCUCCCUAGGCCUCAUGACCUCCGUCCUCAUCACCCCCGACGGAAAGACCUUCGAAUCCGAAGCCGCCCACGGCACCGUCACACGACACUAUCGCGAACACCAAAAAGGUAACGAAACCUCCACCAACCCCAUCGCCUCCAUCUUCGCCUGGACACGCGGGCUCAUCCAGCGCGGAACCCUCGAUGAAACGCCCGAGGUCGUGGCGUUCGCCGAGAGUCUCGAGAAAGCGUGUAUCGAUACCGUGGAUAUCGAUGGGAUCAUGACGAAGGAUCUGGCCUUGGCGUGUGGCAAGACCGGGAGAGAGGAUUAUGUUACUACGACUGAGUAUUUGAAUGCGGUGGAGAGGAGGAUGAAGAGUUUGUUGAAGACUAAGUUGUAG